AUGAAAGACGUUCUAUGCGAUUAUUCAUCGCCUUUUUUCCAUCGUAUAUUAACAUAUGAUUUCUUGCAUAAUUUUAUAUUUCGAUUGAAACAACAAAAAAUUGUAAUGGAUCUGAAAAGUGAAUUAUUACAACAACUUCAACAAGCUUCAGUUGAACAAAACAAAACUGAAACUAAAUCAACUUAUCAUCAGAAGUACGACGACGAGUAUUAUUCCAAGUUAAUAUGGAAUUCAACAAGUUAUGAUGAUGUUGAAAAGAUCCAAGUACAAUUGGUAGUUGUACAGAAUGAUGAUCAACAUGACCUUUUCGAUUAUAUUCGUCAUACUGUAUCUUCAAUGCCUCAAUGUCAAGUUCCUGGUCGAACAUUAUCAGUAUUGAUUUAUGACAAACAAUCCGAGAGUUAUCUUGGAAUAAUUCAACUUACAACGGAUUUAUUAAAAAGUGAAUUUAAAAAUGCAUUUAUAAAUUUAGAAGAAAGAAAGAGAGGUCGACUUAAACAACAUAUUCGUGAUCAUUCAGCGAAUUUAUCUAUUUGUGUUCCUGUGCAACCAUUUGGAUUUAACUUUUGUGGUGGAAAGUUAUUAGCAAUGCUUGCAUUUUCUACUGAACUUCAUCAAUUAUACGAAAAACGUUAUUCGAAAUCUUUAGCUUUAAUAACAACAACAUCUAUACAUGGAAAAUCAAUUCAAUAUGAUCGAUUAAAACAAUUGAAAUUUAUUGGUUAUACAAAAGGAUUUGGAACGAGUCAUAUUUCAGCAUCUUUUAUGGACAAAGUCAGAGAAUAUUUGAAAGUGAACAAUCCAGAAGUACUUACUCGAAAACAAUCUAAAUGGCAAUUACUUAAAUUUGUAGCACAGAAAUUGAAUAUCGAUAGUAGUGAAUUAUUUUAUCAUGGUGAUCAACGAGGAAUUUAUUGUGGUUGGACUGGAACGAAUGCUAAUGAGUUUUUAUUAAAAACGAAAACGAAUUUUGUACAGGAUAAACUUCAAUCUGUUGAAUCAACUGCUUCAUUCUGGAAACAAAGAUGGGCAAAACAACGAGCAACACAUCUAAACAAAAGUCAAAUAUAA